GUGUUUGUGUGGAGUGGAAACAAAAAGGAAAAACACGAAAAUUGCUCGAGAACGCUGCGUUUGUCCCUCAAACAGAUAUUUAUAAGUAAAAACCGCAGCGAAAUAGUGCGAAUUAAUUAUUUAAAUGCGCCGCAUGAACCAGCGCCUCGAACGCAUAACGGCCGCAGGAAAUUGCACAGUGAUAUAAGCAAAGUACAAAACAGUCGCCGCCUGCCGACAGACAAAGAAAAAGGAUAGGAGGUGGUGAAAACGCACACACACAGUACACAGCUAUCGACACACUCAGCCACUCACGAUGUCAACCGGAAGGCCCAUAAAGUGUGUAGUCGUUGGUGACGGCACCGUCGGAAAGACCUGCAUGCUAAUCUCCUACACGACAGACUGCUUUCCCGGCGAAUAUGUGCCCACAGUCUUCGACAACUACUCUGCGCCCAUGCAAGUGGACACAAUACAGGUCUCGCUGGGACUGUGGGAUACGGCAGGUCAGGAGGACUACGACCGCCUGAGACCGCUCUCCUACCCGCAAACAGACGUUUUCCUGAUAUGCUAUAGCGUGGCGAGUCCCUCGUCCUUUGAGAAUGUCACCUCGAAAUGGUAUCCGGAGAUAAAGCACCACUGCCCCGAUGCGCCCAUCAUUCUAGUUGGCACCAAAAUCGAUUUGCGCGAAGAUCGAGAGACACUCAGCGGCCUGGCAGAGCAGGGACUGACGCCGCUGAAGCGCGAGCAGGGCCAGAAACUGGCGAACAAGAUACGCGCUGUGAAAUACAUGGAGUGUUCAGCCCUGACGCAGCGCGGUCUCAAGCCGGUGUUCGAGGAAGCGGUGCGCGCGGUGCUCAGACCAGAGCCGCUAAAGCGACGCCAGCGAAAGUGUUUAGUUAUGUAAAUAAGGUAGAAUGUUAUUGGCUUUGGCAAAGUAUAGAGAUUCCUCGGAAGCGACACGUACACCGGCACAAUGGCCACAUCACAUUGACACUCACGCAGCGCCCUCAUCGACAAAUCAAUUACAUGUAUUUAUUUAUAAAAUUUUCCAUAUUCUCGUAAUGCAACGAACCCGGAAAGAAGCUCUAAACAAACGGUAAAUAUCGUACGAAAUUCUGUGAAUCGAAAUGUACUGCCAUCAAAAUUCGUAUGAAAUUUCUCUUUGUUUGGGUUUUCUCUUUCUGGGGAUCGCUGCGGUAUCACAUUUGGCAAACCACGAUUCCCUCCCGCAACAACUGAAACAACAUUGUUAACAAUAUCGGAACCACAGAGAAAUCAUAAAUCUAAUGCACUACAUAUGUAGAAAUCUA